AUUAGCGCCACCAACACCCUCCUGUAUACACCCUGUUUGGUGAAACUGUCAAUGCGAAGGGAGUGUGUAUUAGUCGCGGAGCAAAUAAAACCGCUCAGGUUUUACAACAAGGACCUAGAGACUGGAGGGUACUCUGAAUGCCGUCGGUGCCAUGGGGGAGAGGCGUUUGCGUGCGUUUCCUCACAGAAGCGGCGCUUUGAGACUGUAAUAUCUGCCGGACGCGGAGAGAUGCUGUGAGCUCUGGUAUUAGCAGCCAGCUGCGCACCCACCGAGCCACUCUGUCCCCUCCCUCCCUACAUCUCCUCCCCAGGAUUCCUGCUCUCUCUCGCAGCACCGACCAUUCGCUCAAAGCGGGGAAUCGGCUCCACACGGCUCGCUUCGCUCACUCUGGUUUGCGUCCUGCGCGAAGAUUUGGCAGAGAAUGUUCAUUUUCCCGUGGAAGGUCACUGGAUUAAAAAGUCUUUCAGUCUCUGCACAAACUGUGGUUUUAGUGAUUGUACGCUGGGCUUCUAUUCUGUCAGACAGCGCCUGAAUAUGCUUGGCUCACCUAUGAUGCAUUACAAGCCCACCGCUUCUUUCACCUGACGUUAAUAACAAUCCACAGGAUUGCCAUCCAUGGUUUCGUCGCUAAUCAAGACUGUGUUAUUCUAUAUUGAAAAGAUUUGUAAAGGAAUGUUUACAAAGAAAUUGGCAAACCCAAUUAAGAAGAAAGAAAGAAGUGAAAAUAAAGAGCCCAAAUUAACAACGGAUUUGCAAGCACAUAAUCUAACUCUCUCAACCACCCUAAAGACAACGGUCAAAAAGAUUUCCAAAUGCUCUUCGGCACGUAACAUAUCAGUUGAAGAAGACGACGGAAAGAACGACUGCUCAUCCUUGUCACCCACUUUCAGCUAUCGUGUAGCUAUAGCAAAUGGACUCCCAAAAAGCUCUCUUUUUCUGAAUAAUAAUGAAAGUAUCUUUUCUGAGGUUCUUUCGAUUGAUAGCAGUUACUCUGACUCCUUGAGUGAGACAAAACCUGUCCGGAGACUAGAUGAGCAUAAAUCACACACUAUGCCCGUAAGACGAAACAGGAAGAGCCUCAUCAGUUUAGCUCCCUCUGAUGGCAGUUCUGAGGGUGAACGAGUGGAACGCUCCAGUUUACAUACUCUUAGGCUGGGUGCUCUACGCAAGUUAAGAAAAUGGAAAAAGAGCCAAGAAUGUGUCUCCUCAGACUCCGAUGUGAGCAAUUGGAGGAAAACUCUGGGUAUUCGCAGCAAAUCUCUGGACCGCGCUGGACGACAACAAAAGAGUUCUGCCCUAGAGCCUGGCUCUUCCUCAACAGGUUGCAUCAGUCAGACCCAGGAUGUGAUGGAAAUGAUUUUUAAGGAGCUUCAGGGGAUCAGUCAGAUAGAAACAGAACUAUCUGAGCUUCGUGGCCAUGUAAAUGCCCUUAAGAGCUCAAUUGAUGAGAUCUCCAGUAGUGUGGAAGUAGUUCAGAGUGAGAUUGAACAGCUUAGAUCAGGAUUUGUCCAGUCUAGAAGGGAAACAAGAGAUAUUCAUGAUUACAUAAAACAGAUUAGCCACCAGGCCAAUAAUUCAACCUUGCGGUUUCUCAAUGUUCCUGAAGAAAGAUCAGAGAAAACAGAGAUUGUAAUAUACAAAAUACUGAAAGAGAAAAUGGGUUUCACUGAUGCCCAUAAAACAAUUAAAAUUGAGCUGGCUCACAGGUUAGGGCAACAAAGAGAAUGUUCUAAUGCGAAACCCCGUCCUAUUAUUGUCAUUUUUGCAACACCCCAAGACAGAGACAUAGUCCUUAAGAAAUGCUACAAACUGAAAGGAACAGGUAUUACAGUAUCUACUGAUAGUUUACCAAAUGAUGGAAAAGACAGGAAAGACAAAACAAUGUUGUCCUCACAAACAUAUGAAAGCAUGGAUAUAAAAGUCUCAGGAAAGGAGAAAGUAGUAGAAAGUGAUGACUGGGACUCAAUGGACAGUGAUAAAGAACUGGAUGAAUUAAGUAGGAAUAAAUAUGCAAUGGUCAUUUCAAAGCCUGUUCACAAGUCCAAAUCAGAAAAGAAGCGGUCCCAUGACCACAACAGGUCGGGAGAUGCAGCAGGCUACUCAGGAACAGUUCACUAUGCUGAUGACUCUUACUAUGACACAGACAAGCAUGCAAAAGCUUACUACUCUGAUUUGACCCCAGGAUGGCUUUCUCAGAGUGAUUAUUCCACUCCAAAACUUAGUCGCUCUGAGUCUGACUGUUCAAAACUUUGCCAGUCAUACUCUGAAGAUUUUUCAGAAAGUCAAUACUUUACACGAGCAAAUGGUGGCUCCCUACUUUCCUCCUCCGAUCAAGAACUGUGGCAGAGAAAACAAGAGGACAUGGCCUCCUCUUGGUAUGUUAGCCCCAGUCACCCUCAUGAUAAUCAAACAUAUGAACAUAAUGAGGUUGAGACUACUGAAACUAUUGAUAGUGGGGUUAGCAAUGGACUUGUCUGCAUGUCUGGGGAUAGAAGCCACUAUAGUGGCUCUCAACUGUCUUUACAGGGUGACUUAUCACCAUGGAAAGACUGGCAUCACCUCGAACAGGGAGCUGAUUCUGGCUUGGAGGCCUCAAUAGAAAUUAGCAGCCCCUUUGAUCCAUCGACCAUACCUGGUUUUCCAGAGAAGAUCACUAAAUGUCAGGAGGUUGAUUUACAGUUUGAAGGAGAUGAGGAGUUUAUGAUGCUUGAUAGAGAAGCUUCUUUACCUCCUAUUACCACCCAUAUUAUACCUCCCAUCACAGAACGGGAAUCUCCCAAGACUUCUUCCCGGCAGUCAAAAGAGGUAAUCACAAAAGAAAGCACAAAGAUAUUAUCAAAAGAAGCUCCCAAAGCUGCAGCAAAGGUGACACCUAAACCAAGCAAAGUUGCACCUAAAGAGGAGACCUCUAAAAUAUUGCCAAAAGAAAACACAAAGGUUUCUGCUAAGGUUUCACCUAAAGUUACAUCUAACAUUUAUCCUAAAGAAUUACAGAAAGAAACAUUAAAGUCUGCUGUUAAAGAAAGCUCAAAUCAAGUCACCCAUAAAGACAGUUCUAAAUUUGCAUCCAAAGAAACCACUAAGCAUAUAGGUAAAGAAGUAUCAAAAGUUACAACAAAGUCCAGUGAAACUGCCAAGGUCUCUUCUAAAGCUAUUCCAAAAGACAGCCCUGUAAUCACACCUAGAGAAAGUCCUAAAGAGUCACCCAAAGACACCCCUAAAAUAAUCCCAAUGGAUACCCCCAUCUUGACUCCAGAUUCAACCCCUAGAGUGUCCCCUAAAGAAUCCCCCAAAGCCAUUGCUAAAGAACCCCAGAAAAUAAUUUCUAAAGAAAGUGUAAUUGUUGAUAAAGAGGUUACCAAAGAAGAUUUAAAACCAUCCCCAAAAGAUGAGCUUAAAGUCACACCUAAGGAGACAACAAAAGUAACCACUCAGGAAGUUUCUAAGAUUCCACUUAAGGAAGUUUCAAACAUAGCCCCGAAAGAGAGUUCCAAAGUGACCCCUAAAGAGACUUUCAAAGUAGCCCCAACAGAUGUUCCUACAGUAGCAUCUAAAUCAAGCUCUAAAGAUGUCACCAAGGAAUCCUCAAAAACAGGUCCCAGUGAAAAAUUCCCUGAACUUGAUGUUAAUCAUAGCUUUCACCAGGCCCAGAGCAAGUCCUCAAGUAUGUACCGUAGCCAGAGUGAGAUACGAACAGAGAAAGUUGAGGAGGUUCCAAAAACGUGGAGUAGUAGACUUAGCAUUGAUCUAAGUGAAAAGUCCUUUGGUUUUGGGUUUGGAUCCACUCUUCAAAGAGCUAAGUCUGCUCUGGAGGUUGUUUGGAAAUCUGGCUCCCAAAGCUCCCCUGCUCCUCAAGAGGAACCAACAAACUCAUCUUCCUCUUUUAUGGGUCGUUUUCGAACAUUGUCCACCUCUAAUGCAAAUAGUUCCAGUGCUACAAUAGAAUCAGACGUUCAUACAGAACCUGUCUUCAAUAAGACAGAGGAGGAAAACACUAGGGCAGAAACGGGAGAACAAUCAGUGGACAGUGAGACUCACUAUGUUGAAGUGAUGGAGCAGGUACUAGCUAACCUGGAGAACAGGACUAAUGUUAAUGAGACUAAUGAGACAUAUGAGCUUGCACAAGAGUGUGAUACUUCUCAGGGCUAUGAUGUGUCUGAUGACAUUGACCCCUCUCAAGACAAUGAUGCCUCUCAGAAUCUUGAGGCUUCACAAUAUUUUGAAACCCCAGAUGAUUUUGAUGCAAGUAACGAGACACAGGUUUUGGAGUAUGAUUGCAGUUUGGAUGAUCAGUAUGAAGAAGAAUACAAUGAGGAUUAUGAAAACCAACUCACUGAGGACACUGCUGAAUACGAUGCAAUGGUUGAGUAUGUGGAUAUUGAAGAACCUGAUGAGACUGAGGAUAAUAAUGUUACAGAGGAGAUGGAAGAGGGUGCAGAAGAGCUGGACGAUGUUGAGGAAAUAGGAGAAGAGGCUGUUGAAGUCUUUGAAAAAGAGGAACAACAGGAGGAUGAAAACAAAAAUGUUUCUGAGGAGAAGCCAGUAGAGCCACCACCCAAGAAGCGUGUUCGACCCACAUUCAAGGAGGCAGCGCUGAGAGCUUACAGGAAACAGAUGGCUGAACUGGAGCAGCAGAUCCUGGCAGGAGACACCAGUGCUCUGGAUACUCAGCCUCGCAGUAUUUUGGAUCCCAAAUUGCUUGGUUUGCAGUCUGGAGGGGCUGGCAGUAUUCUUUAUGGUAUUGACAGCAUGCCAGAUCUACGCCGCAAGAGGACAGUGCCUCUUGUCCGAGACCUGGCUUUGACCCUCACUGCUCGAAAGGCAGGCAUCUCGUUUGCUCUGGUGAACAGGUCAACCCUGAACAACGAGGAACUGAAACUGCAUGUCUUCAAGAAGACUCUCCAGGCCUUGAUCUAUCCAAUUUCAUCGACCACACCCCACAAUUUUGAGGUGUGGACAGCAACUGCUCCCACCUACUGCCAUGAGUGCGAAGGCCUGCUGUGGGGCAUCGCCCGUCAGGGCAUGCGUUGCUCAGAGUGUGGAGUUAAAUGCCACGAGAAGUGCCAGGACCUGCUCAAUGCAGAUUGUUUACAAAGGGCUGUGGAGAAAAGUUCUAAGCAUGGGGCAGAAGACAAGACUCAAAAUAUUAUUAUGGCUAUGAAGGAGCGUAUGAAGAUCAGAGAGAAGAACCGUCCUGAAGUGUUUGAGGUGAUCCAGGAGAUGUUCCACAUCUCUAAAGAAGAAUUUGCCUCCCAUUUGAAGAUAGCCAAGCAGGCUGUGCUGGACGGUACCUCCAAGUGGUCUGCCAAAAUCACCAUAACAGUCAUGUGUGCACAGGGAUUACAGGCCAAGGAUAAAACUGGAUCCAGCGACCCAUAUGUCACAGUCCAGGUGGGGAAGACCAAACGCAGGACCAAAACCAUCUUUGGCAACCUCAACCCUGUCUGGGAUGAAAAGUUCCACUUCGAAUGCCACAAUGCUACUGACCGAAUAAAGGUGCGUGUUUGGGAUGAAGAUGAUGACAUCAAGUCACGGGUGAAGCAACAUUUCAAGCGUGAGUCAGAUGACUUCCUGGGCCAGACCAUCAUCGAAGUCCGCACGCUCAGUGGAGAGAUGGACGUUUGGUACAAUCUGGAUAAGAGAACUGAUAAAUCUGCAGUAUCUGGUGCCAUCAGACUAAAGAUCAGUGUUGAAAUGAAAGGAGAGGAGAAUGUGGCUCCUCCUCAUGGCCAGUACACUUGUUUACAUGAGAACCUGUUCCACUAUCUGACUGAAGUAAAGAACAGCGGUGUGGUGAAGAUACCGCAGGUGAAAGGGGACGACGCAUGGAAGGUCUACUUUGAUGAUGUGUCUCAGGAGAUAGUGGAUGAAUUUGCCAUGAGAUACGGGGUGGAGUCCAUCUAUCAGGCUAUGACGCAUUUCUCUUGUCUGUCUGCCAAAUACAUGUGUCCCGGUGUGCCUGCAGUGAUGAGCAACCUGCUCGCCAAUAUCAAUGCCUACUUUGCUCACACAACCACCACCACAACAACCACCGCCUCUGCUUCUGACCGAUUUGCGGCCUCUAACUUUGGGAAGGAGAAAUUCGUCAAAUUACUGGACCAGCUGCAUAACUCUUUGAGGAUCGACCUUUCAAAAUACCGGGAUAACUUCCCUGCAGGAAACCCAGAGCGUCUCCAAGAUCUGAAGUCCACUGUUGAUCUGCUUACAAGCAUAACUUUUUUCCGAAUGAAGGUGCAAGAACUGCAGAGUCCACCCAGAGCCAGUAUGGUAGUGAAGGACUGCGUGAAAGCUUGUUUAGACUCUACAUACAAAUACAUUUUUGACAACUGUCAUGAACUUUACAACCAGCUUCUUGACCAGAGCCGGAAGCAGGAUCUUCCCAGAGAAGAGCAGGGUCCGUCUAUAAAGAACCUGGACUUCUGGCCAAAACUCAUCACUCUUAUGGUAUCUGUAAUCGAUGAGGACCGCACAGCCUACACACCAGUCAUUAAUCAGUUUCCACAGGAGCUGAAUGCGGGAAAAAUCAGCGCUGAGAUCAUGUGGAACCUUUUUGCCCAGGAUAUGAAGUACGCAAUGGAAGAGCAUGAUAGGCAUCGCCUAUGCAAAAGCACCGAAUACAUGAAUCUUCACUUCAAAGUCAAAUGGUUCCACAAUGAGUAUGUCCGUGAUCUGCCGGCCUUUAAGGAUGUUCCACCAGAAUAUUCUUUGUGGUUCGACCCCUUCGUCAUUCAGUGGCUUGAUGAGAAUGAAGUUGUUUCCAUGGAUUUCCUCAAUGGAGCACUUGAAAGAGACAAGAAAGAUGGCUUCCAGCAAACCUCGGAGCACGCCCUCUUUUCCUGCUCAGUGGUGGACGUGUUCACUCAACUAAACCAGAGUUUUGAGAUUAUCAAGAAGCUGGAAUGUCCAAACCCACAGGCUCUGGCUCAUUUCAUGUGCCGUUUUGCGAAGACUAUCAAUAAGGUUCUUUUGCAAUAUGCUGCAAUCAUUUCCAAGGAGUUUCCAUUGCAUUUAAAUAAGGAGAAUGUGCCCUGCAUUAUCCUCAACAACAUCCAGCAACUUCGAGUUCAGCUAGAAAAGAUGUUUGAGUCCAUGGGUGGAAAGCAGGAGGAGGGGGUUGUCUCCUUCUGUAAGCUGGAUGCAGAGGCCAGUGAUCUGCUAAAAGGGCUGCAGAAUAAACUCAACACAGUGCUGGAUGAGCUCAGCGGGGUGUUUGGCUCCAGUUUUAAACCUGUAAUCGAGGACUGUGUGAAGCAGAUGAACCAGGAGCUGGUCCAGAUGAAAGGCCCAGUCAAAGGGAGCAAUCCUGCCAUGGAUGCAGAAACUGUCUUACGUCCUCUUAUGGACCUUCUGGAUAAAAAUUUGAUGUUAUUCGCCAAGAUCUGUGAGAAGACCGUGCUGAAGAGAGUUCUCAAAGAACUAUGGAAAAUAGUCCUGAACACCAUCGAGAGAACAAUUGUUCUGCCUCCUCUGAGUGACCAAAGCCAACAGGGAGCUCAAAUGAUCUUUAGUGCUGCCAAGGACUUGGGACAGCUGUCCAAACUGAAGGAGCAUGUCAUUCGAGAGGAUACCAGAAGUCUGACGCCUCGCCAGUGUGCCGCCAUGGACCUUGUGCUUCCCACUAUCAAACAAUACUUCCAUGCUGGUGGGAAUGGACUGAAGAAAACCUUCCUUGAAAAGAGCCCUGAUAUGAAAUCCCUGAAAUAUGCUCUCAGCCUUUACACUCAACCUACAGAUGCCUUGAUCAAAAAGUAUAUAUGCACCCAAAACUCUCAAGGACAGUCAUCCAAUGGAUCCGUGGGGGAGGUGUCAAUGCAAGUGACUCUCAUCUCUCACCCUGGCACAGGAGAACACAAAAUCAGCGUUAAGGUGGUUGGAGUGAACAACCUCAUGUGGCAGACCAACGCUAUGUUCCGGCCAUUUGUAGAGGUCAACGCCAUUGGUCCACACCUAGCUGACAAGAAACGCAAAUUCAGCACCAAGACCAAGAACAACAACUGGUCUCCAAAAUACAAUGAAACAUUCCAGUAUAUUCUGAGUAAUGAACAUGGUCCAGAGGUUUACGAGCUACACAUCUCAGUAAAGGACUACUGCUUUGCCCGCGAGGACCGCGUCAUCGGCAUGACGGUCAUCCCACUCCGGGAGCUGGCAGAAAAGGGCAGCUGCUUGGCCUGUUACCCGCUGGUAAAGAGCAUCACCAUGGACGAAACAGGCCUCACCAUCAUGAGGAUACUCUCUCAAAGGACCAACGAUGAAGUGGCCAAAGAGUUUGUGCGUCUCAAGACAGACACCCGAUCUGCGGAGGAAGUGUCAUAGUGUGCAGUAAAUUAGAAACAAAUGCAGUAUUAAGAGUUGUGUUGUCUUCAGAUCAGAUAGAGCUUGGGAGAAAAGAAAGUGUGGUUGCAGCCAAUGUCUGGGAUAGACGCUGGAAACAGCAUCAGAAUAAGUUCGUCCAAAGAGAAGAGAAGGAGGCCCAAAAGUGGCAAAGCAGCAAGAGCGAGAGUUGUGUUUGUUUGUUUUUUGUGCAUGUGCGUAAAACAUCUGUUGGAAUGUUCAUUUUAAAACUAAAGUAUGUACAAGUGUUUACUUACCGUAUGCCCACUAUUAAGUACUAUAUUCUAGAAGUUAUUGUAAUGAGACAUGGAUACCUUUUGUACAACAUUUAGUCUUUUUGAGCAGAGAUUUGUUCCAAUAAAGUGCCAAACCAGUGGAAAAAAACAAACAAAAUUAAAAUAUAUGAAUUAUGGUGAAGUUAGUAUGUUUGAAAUUUGCUCAGUUAUUUUGUCCGGUGUAAGUAAUUUUCUGACCGUGUGGCGUUUUGAUUGUUGCAAACAUCUUUAUUUCGCACCUUCAGUUUUAUUAUUUUUGUUUCCUGUUCUUCCACUCUGCACUGUUGUGCAUGUCUUCUUCUCAAUCAUGUCUCUCCCAUAAUUCCACAGUGACCGCCAAGCAGGGUCCUGCCCCUUGCCUUCAAACUGUUUGUAUUUUACGUCGACCUGAAAUCAGACCGUGUUUUUCUAAAUGGCGAUGACUGCUAUGUAAACCCUCGUAGAUGUUUGUAAUUUUAUAACUGUGACAACGCUGGCGAAAGCCUCCAGUGCUAACAGUCUUAGCAGAAAGAGUGGAAAUGUUUUCUUUAUCUUUUUCUUUGUCCUUUUGUUUUGAGUUUUUCAAUUUUUUUGCUUCCAGCCUUCCUAAACAACCACUGUGAACAUGAGCUUUGGAAGGCAAGCUUACGUAACAUUGCUGACAUUUUGAAAUUAUUAUUUCAUAUUUUCUUCCGACAACUUUCCUGAUAAACUGCCAAAGUUACUUUAAGUAUUUGUACAAGAGCAAUUCAUUACAUGUAUGAAGACAUAUAUGCAUCUAUUACUUUUUCAAGGCUUGAUAUUUGAUUGUUGAUUGGGUGGUACUAAGAUAUUAUUUUUUUUUAAUUUGUUGUAAUGCUGUUUAAAACUAUAAAAGUUGCACAUGUUACUUUACACAUUAGUUAUACCAACUUUUAUCAUUGGAAUUAUUUUUCUUCAUAAAGGAGAGAGUCUAACAUUUGGUAAAUAUGCAACAUUCCUAUGUAUUGCACUGAUGGCAAAUUGUAUGUCAUGUAAAUAUAUUUAGUGAGAUAUUGUAAAAAAAAGUCUACUUUUCUUCUAUGUGCAUAAAGUUUGUGCAAAAGUGU